UCUCUCAGCCAUGGAAACACAAAUGAUGAAGCUUACCAAGGGAAGCGUCAAGACAGAUUUGCUUCCACUUGAUCUCAUGAUAGAGAUACUCAAGCGAUUGCCGGUUAAAACCCUAAUCCGGUUCAUAUCCGUAUCUAAGCUUUGGGCUUCUAUCAUCCGCAGCCGAGAUUUUAUGAAGUUAUUCAUGGAUGUGUCUUUGACUAGACCGAAAGGUCUCCUCUUCUUGUUCGGACGUAGUGGAUCCUGCGGAUUGGUUCUUUCCCAAAACACGCACGAAUCAUCUCUUGUUACAAUUUUCCGUGUGAGUUGCUACUCUCCACGGUAUACCGUUUCUCCUUCUGUCCACGGUUUGAUUUGCUAUGCACAAGCCACUAGGCUUGUUAUAUAUAACCCUUGCACUAGACGAUCCAUUACCUUGCCUGAGAUCAAUACAUGUCGAAGACGGCCCAUACACUACUACUUGGGGUAUGAUCCCAUCGAAAAUGGUUAUAAAGUGUUGUGCGCCACGUUAAGAGGUAGGCGUGAUAUAGUUAAGGAGUUUCGGGUUUUGACUCUGGGAACCGAGAACUCUUGGAAGAUGAUUAAAAACAAUAUUAUUUCUCACGUUCUAUUCGGACAAGAGCUGUGUAUAAGUGGUGUUUUGUAUUAUCAAGCUUGUACUGGCACAGAGAAGAAGGAUUUGACAAUCAUGAGUUUUGAUGUUAGGUCAGAAAAACUUUAUCCUAUCAAAGGACCUAGUAAUUUUUGGGCAUUAUGUUCAAAGUUGAUAAGCUACGAGGGAAAGCUAGCUAUAAUCUUCUAUGAAGAGAACGACGUUAGAUUGUGUGUUCUAGAAGAUGCUGCUAAGGAGGAAUGGUCGACGAAGACUUUUGUUUUGUCUACAGCAAUUCGACCUAUUAACCGGCACGGAAAGCGUACUGAGACUGAUACCGGUGAGAUUAUACUUGCACCACUGUUAUUGCGUGCAUCAGUAGUUAACCUUGUCUAUUAUGAUAUGAAGACAAGGAGUGAGAAAACAGUUUAUAUACGAGGAAGCACACGAGGAAACACAGAGAGUACUAAGGGUUAUCAUGAGUGUUGUUAUUGUGUAGAGUCUGUCUCCUCUAAUCUGGUAGAGAAUCUCAUGUUUUUGUAAGAGUUUGGUUAUUGCUCAGUAGUUAAUAGAACAGAUGAAAGGAUCAUCAGUGAUUAAAUCCUCCGUGAUGUUUAU